AUGUCGGCAGCUGCAAAUAUCUACAAGGAGAUCGACUUUGUGGCUCUAGGAAAUGAAGACCCAGAUUUUGGUAAACUUUUGAAGUCAAAUGGCCAAUUGGAUUUUAGCGAUCCAAAAUCGGUCCAGCAGCUCACAAAAUCGCUCUUGAAACGGGACUUUGGUCUGAAUUUGACACUUCCAGACGACCGACUCUGCCCACCAGUACCUAAUAGGUUGAACUACAUCCUUUGGUUGCAAGAACUUAUUGAUACAUCAAGUGAUGUCUAUACCGACUCUUACAACUCUAAUCGACAAGUUCUUGGGCUUGAUAUUGGUACUGGAGCAAGUUGUAUAUAUCCGCUUUUGGGUUGUGCUCAACGGGCUUCAUGGAGAUUUACUGGAACAGAUAUCGAUGAAAGGAGUAUUUCUUUUGCUAGAACUAAUGUCCAAAGUAAUGAACUGGAAACCCGCAUUCAGCUCAUUCAGACUAAAUCAAAAGGUCCUUUGAUUCCUCUUGAUGAGAUAGGUUGUCACAGCUUAGACUUUACACUUUGCAAUCCACCAUUCUAUACUUCAACAGAAGACCUAAUUUCUUCAGCAUCUCUUAAACAACGACCUCCAUUUACAGCUUGCACCGGUUCCGCAACGGAAAUGGUCUGUGAAGGCGGUGAAGUAUCUUUUGUCUCACGGAUGAUAGUUGAAUCCUUGCAAUUACGAAAUGGGGUUCAAUGGUAUACUUCGAUGUUGGGAAAGUUCUCAAGUGUAUCGAAAGUCAUUGAGCAGCUGAAAAUGCACAAAAUCGACAACUAUGCCGUGACAGAAUUCAUACAGGGCAGUAGGACCAGAAGGUGGGCAGUAGCGUGGAGCUUCAACGACAGAAGACCGAGUAUUGCAGUAUCUCGUGGUUGUAAAAGUUUACAGAAGAGUCUACUGCCAUUCCCAGCAGAGCAGACGAUCACGGUUAGCAUACCCGACAAAGCUGUCAUCGCUACACGGCUACACGAUAUGCUAUCAAAACUCAUUACGCUAUGGAACUGGGAGUCAGCGACAUUCAUUGGUACAGGCUUCUGCGACAAAGCCGUUUGGUCUCGAGCGUCACGCCGGCAUCUAAGUGAGACUAAUGAUGAGAAGUCAAGUAUUACCUCGAAAGGUUUGCCUGAAGAUAUGGCUUUUGGGUUUAAAAUAUCAUUUGGGGACCACGAAGAAGAAUCUCCCGGAACGAAAGUUGUUAUUCGAUGGUUGAAAGGUCAUGACAGUGUUUUAUUUGAAAGCUUCUGUGGCAUGAUAAAAAGAAAGUUACAAGACAUGUGA